AGCGAGGCAAGCGGAGCAAGCGGAGAGUCUUUGCCGACGGGGACCUGGCGGAUUUCUGCCUGCCCGCCCGCCUGCCUGCCUGCCGGCCGCCGCCUUCUUCUGCUCGCCUCCGCUCUCUCGGAGGAUUGCGGCGGCCCACCGGGGAUGCGCAGAGACUUUUCUCGCAGUUUUUUCCCAGGGUUUUGUUUUUCCGUCCUGAGCCUGCUCACCUGGAAGCAGCUGGGGAAAUUUAGGCUUGGCUGACAGCUUGCAAAAAGGUAACACUGAUUUAUCAUUUUAUUUAUUUCUUAUAAAAAUACAAUAGCAUCAUGAAAAAUUUAAAACAAGUUAAAAACAAAAGGAAAUUAAAAACAGACACCAGUAGCCCAUGCUUGGAGUCAUUAUCUGUAUAGGCCUGGCAGAAAAGUUUUCAGCAGGUGUUUAAAAGUUGGCACAGGAGGUGCCUGCUGACUCUCCAGUGACAGAGAGUUCCACCGGACUGGGCCAAUGACACUUCCUUAUCCGUUGCUGUACUGGGCAGUCUAAAAGUGACAAGGCUUCAUGACAGCAGGACAUGCAGUACAGCACAGUCUCCAGGGAAGGAGCGCCAGACCUUUAUUUAGAAGCAUGUCAGCCAGGAUUGGCGAUGAGGCAUCACACUUUGUAGUUACUUGCACAAAAAUGAACUUUUGGGUGGACGUGAUGGUGGGGCAUCUCAUGGGGCAGAAGUGUGCACACUUCAAUUCUGUAUUAAAGCUUAAUAAGCAACUAGGAACCACAUUCAGCCGCAGGGUUUUGAAGUCAGGCUUGCCUCUUUUUUAACCAGAGUAGGCCACCACACAACAGCCCUGGUUUCCUGCCCAGGUGCUAGAUCAGCUGACCAAUGCCCCUUUGGGUGGUACUCAGGCAAUUCCUGCUCUUUGUUGCUAAUAGUCAACUGCUUGUAAACGAUGCUAAUUGAGACUUCCUUUGGCUGUUGGGAGCAGCUCCGUGGACCACCUGGUUUCACAAUGAGACUCUUGUGUGGUCCACAGCAGCUGGUCUGUGUGGUUGAACUUGCACCAUGCCACCUAGGGGAAGGAGCUCUUCUGCUCUGCACCCAGAAAACUCAAAACCUGAAGAUCUGUAACUGCCUCUUGCUUAUUUUCAUCAUUUUUCUUUUCCAUCAGUUUCUUCAACCAGCUGGCAACUUGGAGGCAUCCGUGUCAGUUUGCAUCAGCAAAUGUUUAGGUAGCUGGGCAGCCACUUGCCUUUAUUCCGAUGCUCUUGGGGCAGAAAUAGUUAGAGAAAUGUCAGCUAAUGAGAAAAGAACAUAGUUGUGGUGAGUGGUGACUGAGGGAGGGGGUAAGUGAGUGCAGAUUAUAGGAGCAGAACUAGGAGCUUGCGUGUGCCUCUGAGAGAGGGAUUCUGAUCCAGAGCAUCAUGUCUUUUGCAGUACACAGAUGGAGCUCUUGUGCAAGUAAGCUUUGCCACUGAUUUUACUUGCAAGGCACAGCUCCAUGUGAGCCAUGGAAGGUGUGUAUUACACUAGGUAUUACACUAUGGUGAAAUCAUAGGUAUAACAUCACUUGCACGAAACACCGUUUGUGAAUUGGAUUCCGCUCCAUCCCACUAAGAGUCCUAGUUUUGAGCCAACUGCCUCUAUGUCUUCAGUUGUGUCUUUUUACAGUUAUGAGAACUACUCAUUUGCUUUUUGUGUGUUUGGUGGGUUGCAGUGAAAGUGGCAGUUCUUGGAAUCUGAUGCCUGCGUGGAGCUAGUCAUGUUGGCUCACCCAAAAUGAAUGCCCCGCUUAGUGUAGAAACACUGAGAAAUUAUGUCCUGGUAAAAACAAUAGCAAGGGCUUCAGGAAGACAAUUUACAAGGGUGUUGAGGUAAUAAGCAGGUCUGCAAUAUUUAAUUGAUUAAUCUAACCAACCAAUUAAAAAAACCCUUUGAUUACAUAGUGCUCUUUGAUUAAUCUGUAGCAGAUUUGACAUAUGUAUAAUCUUAACAAUAUGAAGUACCCAUAAAACUGAAUUUGGCAACUACUGUUUCCCUCUCUUCAGCAAGGAACUGUGUUGUUGCUUCAGCAUUAUUUUUGCUCAGAUUCAGAUUUGUUCAAUUAAUUUGCUGAAACUCAUACUAUUUAUUUGCUAAGAUUUCUUUAAUCGGGUUGACAGCCCAAGUAAUCAGGUGUGGGGUUGUGUGAUUUUAUCAAGGUAGUAGGAAUCUCAUCUGUGCUCAUAAUAUUUCAAACAGAACAGAUUGUGUGCUCACUUGCUUAACUUAAUACAGAGCACAUGGAAAAGUAACCUCACAGUUGUCCUCCAUCUUUGUCAUGUAGGAGUUCAGUUCUCCAACAUUAGCUGAGAUGCAGACCAGGAUGAGAAGAUUCUCGGUGUACAUCUUACCAGCUCUAUUACUUGCAUGCUUGGUCUACUUAAGGAGAGAUGCCAAGCUGGUUGCGUCUUUGGCAAACAGAGAACUGCGCAGGCCAAACGUGAGCAUUCCCAAGCUGCCGAAAUCAAGCAAAUGCUUGCCAGACAUGAUGGUCACGAAUUUCUUUCCCUCCCUCCCUGAGGUUCACCGUGUUUUCUUAACCUAUAAACACUGCCGGAAUUUCUCGACAUUGCUGAAGCCCUCCAGAUGUGCUGCAAAGACCUUCCUCCUGCUAGCAAUCAAGUCCACCCCUGUCAACAUAGACCGCCGCGCAGCCAUCCGGAGCACCUGGGGGAAGGAGGCCAUUAUUGGUGGGAAAUUGGUGAGGCUCCUCUUCUUGCUUGGCCGCUCAGAGAUCAAAGUUCAGGCUCACUCCCUCCACCAGCUUUUGGCCUAUGAAAACCUGGAGUUUGACGAUAUCCUCCAGUGGGAUUUUGUUGAUAAUUUCUUCAACCUGACACUGAAGGAGCUGCAUUUCCUUCGGUGGGUGGCAGAGGACUGCCCCCAUGCCUGCUUUGUGUUGAAGGGCGAUGAUGAUGUCUUUGUGAACACGCACAACAUUGUAGAGUUCCUUGAGCAUCUGGACCCUGACAAAUACCUUUUUGCUGGGGAUGUCAUCAGCAAAGCCCGGCCAAUCAGGAACACCAGCACCAAGUAUUUCAUCCCAGAGUCAAUGUAUCCGGCAUCCUUCUAUCCACACUAUGCUGGUGGCGGCGGCUAUGUCAUGUCACGGCUGAUGGUGCAGCAGCUGCAGGUGACGGUUGAGGACACUGAGUUGUUCCCAAUAGACGAUGUCUUUGUUGGGAUGUGCUUGGCCAAAAUGGGGAUCAUCCCAAUGCACCAUCCUGGCUUUAAGACCUUUGGAAUCCAGAGGCCCUUUAAUCCCUUUGAUCCCUGCCUUUUCAAAGAACUGAUGAUUAUACACAAACUGAACCCAACGGAGCUGUGGGUCAUGUGGACGUUGCUGAAAGACGACAACCUCCGAUGUGCCACGUCAGUAACUCAGAAACUAUAG